CGCCUCCUGUCCGGGACUCAUAUUAGGACUUUAUUGCCUGUUAUGUUUUCCUCCAUACACUACAUUUUCAUGUUCAGAGUGUGGGCACACUGUACAUUCCUGCCGAUGGUCCAGCUGGUGAAUGGGAGGGGGGGUUGGAGAUUUCUCAGCUUAUUACAGGGCAGAUUAGCUGUAAGGAGAUUAGCACUGCAGGUUAACAGGCGCCUGAAAACACUUUUUCUCAGCUUCAAUAUUUGAUGCUCCUGAAGCGUGGAAGGACUCGGUUCCUCGAGAUGACAGUAGUCGAGGGAUGACAGACCUCCGGAUGUCUGGGGACUUCAAGGUAACCAGCACUCAGGUCCUGGCCGUGUCUUUGAGUUCAGUGAAGAGAACCUAAAAUACCUCAGUAAGCCUCUUAUGACGCUGUGCAGAGGGCAGCCAGCAGCCAGCAGCCGUCUCCCUCUCCUUGUUUUCUCCUGCUUUACUCUGACGAGAGGCCCACUCUGAACCCUGACCGGCUUGACCAUCAUUAAGAUAGGACCUUCUGAGCGUGUGCAGUAACAGGGGAGGAGCUGACUGGAGGAAACCACAACCACCCUCUUCAUAGACCUGAACUUUAAAGCCCCCUCUGAUGAUCUGGACAUUAAAUAGAAGAAACGGAAAGGAUGCCCGGGAUGUAUUUAAUAUUUCUAUUUGACGGAAACAUGCAGUCAUAAGAAAAUGGAGACUGGAGGGAAUUAGAUGAUCAUGAUGAAGUGACUUAGGCUCUAAUUUAGGGAGGAAAUCAGAGAUACAGGGAUGACUAUAGUACAGCAGUGCUGAGAGUAAACAGAGAUCUCAUUAUGUAGAAAUAAAGAAGAGCAGAAAAAUUGACAUGUUUUUGGUACAAGGCAGGUUUCUACAUGCAGCACCUGGUGGUCGCUCCCGGCUCUGCACUUGAAGGCCCUCCAGUGUGCGCCAUGUUUUUGGCAUUUUGGACGUGAGACACACCUGAUGUGAUCUGGUUCCGAAAGCACAGGACUGACAUGGCGGUGGGUAAGUUGACCUUCACCAAGGCAGAGAGAGAGAAGCUUGCAGAGGUCCUCUGGCUGCUCAACUGGAUCUCUGUGCUGACCGGGGCCAUUCUCAUAAGCCUUGGCGUGUUCCUCAAAGUAGAGAUUCAGAAAUGGCAGGAAGUGAUGUCAGACCAGGGGAUCCUCUAUGUGCCAAAUACUCUGAUCACCACGGGCCUGGCUGCCUGCUGCAUCAACUUCCUGGGCGGGAAGAUCUGCCUAGACUGUGCCGACACCAACAAGUUCCUGCGCUGGAAGCUGGUGAUGAUGCCAUACGUCAUCUGCACCUUCUUCUUCACUUCCUGUGUCCUGGCCGGGGCGCUCAUGUGCUACAGCAUCCGCAGCCAGCUGGAGGAGUCCAUAUUCCUGGGACUGAGGAAUACCAUGCGCUUCUACAAAGACACAGACACGCCGGGCCGCUGCUACCUGAAGAAGACUCUGGAUCUGCUGCAAAUCCAAUUUGAGUGCUGUGGUAACACCGGAUACCGGGACUGGUUCCACGUCCAGUGGAUCAGCAACCGUUACCUGGACAUGACCAGCAGCAUCGUGGUGGACCGUCUGAGGAGUAACGUGGAGGGACGGUACCUGAUGGAUGGCGUUCCCUUUAGCUGCUGCAGCACGCUGUCCCCCCGACCAUGCAUCCAGCAGCAGAUCAGCAACAGCUCGGCUCACUUCAACUACAACCAGCAGAGCCAGCAGCUCAACCUGUGGAGGAGGGGCUGCCGACAGGCCCUGAUGGACCACUACACUGGCAUAAUGCAGUCCAUCGGUCUCACCGUGCUGCUCAUCUGGCUGUUUGAGCUGCUGGUUCUGACGGGGGUCCGUUAUCUGCAGACCGCCAUGGAGAAUGUUAUCCGGCUCGGUGAUCCAGACUCAGAGUCUGACGGUUGGAUUUUGGAGAACAGCCUGGCAGAAACCGCUCGCUCCAACUUUAACAUCAUUAAGAAUCUGGGGAAAUGUUACCAGAUCGACGAUGACCCCAACAUCAACGUCCCUACCGCCAGUGCCGAGCAGGAGGUGCCAUCCCGGGGGGUCCACAUCCCUGUGACCAGCUAGAACCUGAAGAGUUAUGGAUGCCCUGAAGGCCGGGACCAGCCGAACACCUCCAGAGCCUCAGGUGAUGCUCAGGUGAUGAGUCUCAAAGAGCUCUAGCUCCAGGAUGCUGAGAGGCUCCUGAGGAGAGGAAGCUCCAUCGCUCCCUCCUGAUGUGAAGUCCUCAUGCUCCGCAUCAAAGUUACAAAAUGAACACAAACAGUUCAGACUUACAUAAAAGCUGAGAUGACCUGAGAGCAGACGAGCCGAGGACACUAACUGGGACCCUGAUAUGUCUGUGGUGUGUGACUGUAUUUUUUAACCAGCAGAUGUGAAACACAGGGUGCUAAAAAUUAGCUAAAGUGUUUGUUUAGAUUCACGUUCAAACAGAAACUUUAAAGUCCCCCCAACAUGAUGGUCAUGUUCUGACUUGUGACUCGGUGGACCAGCAUAUGUGACUCAACCUGGUGUGAUACCAGGUCCAAUAGAUCAGGACAGAGCUCGUGUUCUGUGUCACACUGGGCUCUGAUUGGAUCAUUACA